AUGAUCCGCCCGUGGCUGCUGCUAAAAGUGGCAGCAUUAUGCUUCGUUUCUCCUGUCCCUAUCGUCGCUAAGGGACACGACGAUCCGUCCUCGCGUUUCGAUAAGUUUGCAGACGAGCGCUACGUCCGACAAGAUCGCGCUGACCCCGAGCACGUGGUACCGCUGAUCAUUGGAGUGUUUCCGGGAGACUUUGACGCACUCGAACGAGAGUUCUACGGUGUCUCCGACCCAACCCGCAGUACGGCCAGUAUCUCGCCCAAGAGCAAGCAGACGUUCUCUCACGGGGCUCUUGAUGCAGUGCGCGAUUGGGUUGCAGAUUGCUCUCAUGGUGAGAAUGGGGGGACCUUUUUGCCAACGUCGAAUCUGUACAAGGUGCCGAUGAAGGUGAAGCACAUUGAACGACUGCUGAACACGGAGCUUUAUCACUACGAAGCGAAAAGAACAGACGCGACAUCGCCGAUGAAGCGACGGAGGUUGAUGCGAGCAACGAGUGCUUUGAUGGUGCCAGAACAUCUCGAGGACGUCGUGUCGUUUUUGAGCGUCAAUACGCAUCCACUGGGUCUGCGAGCACUUGGCGCAGCUUCGUCACAACACGUGGCAGCAAUGGAUGGCGAAAGUGAAGGAGGUACAUUGGAAACAAUUCGGCGGACGUACGGCAUUCCUGAUGGACUUGUCGCGACAAAUCCGAGCAGUACGCAGUGCGUGCCAUCUUUCUUCAACGAGUCGUAUGAUCUGGAGGAUUUGAGCACUUUUUUCGAGCAGUUUUUGCCAGGAGAAGACGUUCCACGUAUCUUGAGAAAGGAAGUCGAGUCAACCAACCUGAUCAGGCAAGUUCUGAGAUAA